AUGGAAGAAGUAUCUAGAAAAAUUAAUGAUGAGCACUGGGGAGCCAAUGCUGUGCUUUCGACAAAGCUUGAGAUCUUCACAUAUGCUCAAUGCUAUGGUUUCCUCUCACACAAGGAUUGCUUAUCCUGCUACUCUGGGACCAGGACAAGGCUUCCUAAAUGCCUUCCUUCAAACUCGGCUUGCAUUUAUCUUGAUGGUUGUUUCUUUCGUUAUGAUACCUAUAACUUCUUCAAAGAGUCCCUCAAUGAAAAGCAUGACUACGUGAAGUGUAGCCUGCCCACAAAUGUUAGCAAAGAUGUGUACAUGGGAAAGGAGUUUCAAGAAAAAGUAUUUAAAGUUAUUGAAAAUGUGACUGACUUGGCAGUGUUGAACAAAGGUUUUGCAUUGUCAGGGGAAAGAGGUCUGGAGGCUGUUUAUGCAAUGGCGCAGUGUUGGAUGACAGAUUGCUUGGCUCUUCUUCACGCCGGCAUAAUAAUGGGUCCAACGUUACUAGGUCAAAGCAAGGUGUAUGUCGCAAAAUUAUUUCCUCCAGGAGCCAGAUUGGUACUUCUAACAUUUGCAGAGUUUGGCUUCAUGUUUCACGUCUUUCUAUUAGGAUUACAGAUUGAUACAAGCUUAGUAAAGAGCAUUGGAAGAAAAGUCGUGGUAAUCGCUCUAACAGGGACUAUUAUUCCCUUGGUAUUUGGAGUGGCAGCAUACAAGAUCGAAGAACAUGCUAACCCUUCAGAGCAUGCACUUGUACUUUUAAUCUUAAUUACUACAAAUGCUUUGACCCCUUUCAUUGACAUCACCGGCCUCCUUAAUGAAAUCAACAUUCUUAAUUCAGAAAUUGGCCGAUUUGCUUCCUCCAUGUCCUUGGUAAGUGAUGCAAGUGGUUGGCUUCUCGCAUUUAUUGUGAGAAAUAUUGGUGCAGCCCUGAAAUACUCCCCAACCGAACCUUUAUCAAUAAUAGCAACAGUGGUCGGUUAUUACUUCAUCUUAAUCUUCCUAAUGAGACCCCUAGUGAUAUGGAUUGACAGUUUCAUGCCAAAAAAUAGACCCAAUGAGGAAAAUCAUUUUAUAGCCAUCCUUUGUGUAGUUUUGGUGAAUGGAUUUUUUGCAGAGUAUAUUGGCGAACAUGCUCACUUUGGUACUUUUGUGCUUGGUUUGUCUUUGCCAAAUGGGCCAACAUUAGGCGCAACCAUGAUACAAAAGCUUGAGUCUCUUUGUACUGGGUUGCUACUUCCAAUCUACUGCAUUACUAGUGGGUUCAAAACGCAAUUCUCUUCCAUAGCAAACAUGUCUGCAGUAAAAACAGAGCUCAUCAUUUUUGCUGGUUACUUUGGCAAGUUCAUUGGCACCAUUUUGCCAUCAAUCUACUUUAAGAUCCCUUUUAAGGAAUCUUUGACACUGGCUCUCAUCAUGUGUUGCAAAGGCGUUAUGGAAAUCACUAUAUUUAGGGUGUGGCACGACAAUCAGUUCAUAACAACCCAAACAUAUACGCUUCUAAUUUUCAGCAUGAUUAUGGCAACAGGGUUGGCCACAAUUUUUAUCCGUCACCUUUAUGACCCUUCCACAAGAUACAUGGUUGACACAAGGAGGACAAUCACAAACUCAGCACAAAACUCUGGUCUCCGAAUGCUGGUCUGCAUCCAUUCAGAAGAGAAUGUAUCUUCAUUUACUAACCUCAUUGAAGUGUCCAACCCCACAAAAGAAAACCCUAUUUUUGUCUGUGUCCUUCAGCUCAUUGAGAUCACAGGACAGGCAGCAUCUAUCCUUGUAAAACUUGAUAAGCAAAACAACUUAUUAGCUUCUAAUCUAGAUUAUUCUGGACAAAUUAGCAAUGCCUUUGAUCAUUAUGAGAACUACAGUGAAGGGAGUGUUAAAAUACAAAACUUCAAAGCAAUUGCACCAUGUGCAAGCAUGCAUGAUGAUAUAUGUACUCUUGCAAUGGAUCAGAAAACAAGCAUCAUAAUUGUUCCCUUUCACAAAACAUGGGCAAUUGAUGGAACAGCCGAAGCAAACAUUCCUUUCCUUAGGACCAUAAACAAAAAUGUGCUUAAGAAGGCCCCUUGCUCCAUUGGAGUUCUUGUUAACCGAGGCGAAAUUGGUGGCAACUUGAGCAUUUUGACAGGUAAUUCAUCAUAUUUGAUUUCCAUGCUUUUCAUAGGUGGUGCUGAUGAUCGAGAGGCACUUGCGUAUAGCAUUCGCAUGGCCGGGCAUCCUAAUGUCAACCUAACAGUGGUUCAGCUUAUAGCGUCAAGUUACAACACAAUCAAUUAUCAAAAUAAUCUAGACAAGGAGGCGAUGGAUGAAUUAUGGGCUAGUAUAAAUGGAAAUCAGAAAAUAAAGCAUGAAAAGGAGACUGUGAGAGAUGGGGCAGAUACAACUCUUGUUAUACAGAAGAUGGCGAACAAUUUUGAUCUAGUUAUAGUGGGUAGAUACCAUGAACCACACUCUCCAGUUACAUUAGGCCUUAUAGAAUGGAGCGAAUGCCCUGAGCUUGGAGUACUUGGGGACGUGCUAGCCAGUUCAAGUUUUAGGUUUUCCGUUUUGGUGGUGCAACAUAACAGCCCAGAGUAA